AUGGUCGUAAAUGACUAUCAUAUGCGUUUACAACACCCCGAAGCGUAUUGUCAGUCAACCUGGCUACACAACAAGCUCUGGUAGGGUCAACAGUAGGUGUAGUGUUGUAGUUGUGUAGUGUGCUUAGGUAUUUGAAUCCGAAGAUUGGCGUUCAUCCGAGCUGGACGCUCCCAGGAGAUUUGCUCCUUCCGAAGCCGCCGUAUUACACUCCAUGGGCAACGGUUGUUGUUUGUGAUGUCUCUUUGGUGUGGUGGCCGAUGUUUAUUCUUUGGCUGAGGUCCCUUUUUGCGUUUGUGAUUUAUCUACGGAUUCGAGCGCGCAACUAUAGGUAGAACUUAGGCAGAACUUUACAUUUAAAUACUUGUUAUUUUAGAUGGACGUCAUCGAAGAAUCGAACAAAAUAUCCCAAGCGACCCACGGGUCCCUCUUCAUCAUUUUUGAUGACUACGACACCAGGAGGUUCCUAGCGAAGCGUGCGGAACAACUGGUCCUGCCACAUACGUUCGUGGCUCCGACAAACGCGUUGGACAUAAAUCUACAAAUCCAACAGAUCUACCUUUUUAAAGGUAGUUCUUUUAGCUAUCCUUGCCGCACACUUUUGUGUCCCCGAAGAAUGCGUUGGAAAUAAAUUUGCAGAAUCAGCAAAUCUACCUUUUUGACCAGGUGAAUAGCGACGUAACACACAACAACUUUUUCUAUUCGACCAAGUCGAUUCGGAUUAAUUUCUCCCCUGCCCGCAGCGCCAAAUCAACCCCGGGCCGGUUGGCAGAACCUGCGGUAUCAAUUUUGACGAUCGGAUCGUAAUAACGCCGAUAAGCGUUAUGGAAAUCUGACUUCAACACAUGAACUAUCCAAACAGUUCGUAAAGGGGGCCCGUGAGAUCCCAAAUAGGGACAAAUUUCAAUCGAGAAAAAAAUGAAAAUAUGUAGAAAGAUCAACACAAUAUCCAUGGUACAACAAGCCUCACGAAAUUCCAAACUCUGGUGGGUGAACCGAACAGAAAACAGUCCAUACAUCUCAUCGAAUGGCACAGCUUCCACUUGGUGAAACCUAGUUUUUUGAGGAAAUUUUGACAAUCUAUAUGCCACUAUCCAUAUUGUUUCACGUAAAGGAAAUCCCUUUCUCAUACACAAAAUACCUUGUUUUUGUCAUCACUUCUUUCAAAUUUCAUAUAAACGGAUUGGAAUGGGCUCUAAAAAUCACUAAUUUAAUCGAUUUCUAUUUGAUUCCUGCCUUCUCGAUUUACAAGAAGGUUAUCACUGUUCGGUGGUUACGCAGAUAUCGCAACAAAACAAUUAAACUUUUGUCAAGUGAUUACGAAGGAAGGAAGGUUUAUACUGCCGAAUACAUAUUCGCGUAAUUUCACCGCUCACAGGCCGUCGAGAGGCACAGUAAAGGAUGCAACAAUUGGCGCAGUCUACACGAGCAGAAGAAGAAUUACGACGUGGAACCAGCUCCAUAUCAUCACGAUGACCGUCCACAGACCAGCUCGAGAACUCUAUCUGAGCCUACGGUUGAAGAAGCCAAAGAGGAAGCCCAUCCUCUAUCAAGGCCUAUCCUUCGAGAUCCUCGAAUUCAAUACAGAAUAUUCCCCAACGUCGGGAACAUUAUUCAUGGAGUUUUACGUAAAACUGAAGAGGUAGUUUGUUAGUAGCACAACUAAAAAUCUUCCUUCUUGACCAGGUGACACCGGACUGUUCCUUUCGGAGCAUGCGGAAAAACUGGCCCUGCCACAUACAUUUGUGGCUCCCACAAACGUGUUGGACAUAAAUCUUCAAAGCCAACAGAUCUAUCUGUUUGAUCAGAUAGAUAGCGACGUAUUUCUGGCCUACCCGCCUCGCUAACCAAACCCAAACCCAGUAACGGACGUAAUAUUAACCAACAUCUCAAGCGAAUGUCGCCCAGACGUCGUGUCUAAUCUGGCCUUACCAUACUUUGGGAUCGGCUCAUCCACCGAACUGCCCAUCAUCACAAUGGCGGUGCACCGUCCAACCAGAGAGCUCUACAGGAGCUUGCUCCUAAAGAAACCAAAGAGGAGACCAAUCCUUUAUCAAGGAAUGACCCUACAAGGAAUCAUGGAGGACAAUAUGACAUCCUUCGGGACCCAGGAGUUCAACGCAGAAUACUCUCCAACGGCCGGAACAUUGUUUAUGGAAUUUUAUGUCAAACCCAGGCGAGAAUUCGUCAGUAGCACAACGACCGUACAGGUCAUCGACAAUUUGCGACCAAUGAUGGUACGGGCCUUCCUGCUCAAGAUAAUGGAUCGGACUAAGAGCAGUCUUAAAUGAGUUCCAAAAAAUGGAUGAAGGAAGGAAGAUUCACUUCAUACCGAUAAACAGUCGUAUUUUACAAUCAGUUUACAAUUAUCCUGUACAGCCGUCCCUGUGGACCUCUGAUGCCUCACCUACUCCACCCUCUGACCAGAUGGAGCAAUUGGAAUUAGAGGAUGAAGUAUAACGUAAUAUUCUCUAUAAAUUUCUUACGCUUACAAAAGACAAAAUUCGAUCCAAUCUUUCGAAGUCAUGGAAUUUAACGCAGAGUAUUCCCCAACUUGCGCAUACCAACUACGACUGGAAUUCAACGUAAGACACCGUCUACAAUUACCCGGCAAAACCGUCGAGAGAAGAUUGGAGCCCGGACGCCACCCCCAGAUGGAACAACUGGAAAACAUCCUCAAAAACUCGGGUAUAACAAGGCAUGUGGAUUUCGCGCUCAGAAAAGUACUUCAAAGCUUCGUAAACACCGGUUAUAAUAUCCUGCAAUUUUCGAAUUACCCUCCAAAGCGACUGACAAAAAAUUGCACCAAUCUAAGGCUAUAGAUCAAGACAGAUAAUUGUCCAUUUCCAUGGAACAACCGACAAUACAUAGACUUCCGAAAGUGGUUGAGAAACUUCAAUGACGUAAUGGAAACUCUGUCUUUUGCAAUAUUGCACCAUACACAUGACGAUUGCUACGGCGUGCAACCGCCGUGCGUCCGACCCCGCCCCUUCUCUAUCUCUCUAUAUUUAAGUCUGCCCCCGUUCCAAAAAGAACGGGGGGAACGGAUUGUGAAAGGGGACUUUCGUCUAUUUGUAUACGGUAGCUUUUAAAUAAACAUAAUUGUUGUAAUUGAUUGGAAGAUUGUAAGUGCAGUUUGAGAAUAAGAAUAGAUCCCGUUAACUUGAGUAUCCGCUGAUGUCACCCUGGAUGGGCUAAGAGGAUAACUCGGGGAAGACUGAAGACGCUCUUCCCGUCACAGGUGAGUACAAGAGUCGUACCAUUCAGGGGGGUACCCGACUUAUAAUAUCAUUAUUGUUAAUUUGUUUCAUCGCUUUAGGUAUUCCGCGGUGUUAUCUCUGUUACCCAAUACUUGCGAAUCGAACAAACAACGCACAGAUAGCAUAUCACAAUUACUGCUAAACAGAAAUGGAUAUUACUUGAUGCUCGGAGCACUCACUCAACAAGCCUCAUUGGCCAAAAGAACUGUCUUUUCACACAGUAUUCUUUCAUUUUGCCAUUUGAGCUUUAGUUACAAUAAAGAAAUCAGAAAAGACCGUGUGGUUCUUCAACACAAACUAGCUUGAAUGCGUUCCAAAUCUGUCCACGAAACGUAAAAAAGACUGUACAGUCACAAGGCACUUGUUACGGCGUGCAACACUGCCGUGCGUCCGGCCUCGCCCUUUCUCUCUCUUUGUAUAUUUAAGUCUGCUGUAGAGAAAACCAAUUCUCUACCAAGGAAUGACCCUCCAAAGAAUUAUGGUCGACAAUAUGACAUCCUUCGGGAUCCAGGAGUUCAGCGCCGAAUGUUGGCAGACCAAGACCAUGGACUAAGAGCAGUCUUAAAUAAGUUCCAAAAAACGGAUGAAGAAGGAAAGAAGAUUCACUUCAUACCGAUAACCAGUCAUAUUUUACGACCCGUCUACAACUACCCGGUACAGCCGUCCCUGCGGAAGUACCAGGCAUCGCCGACUUCGUCUUCCGAACAGGAACAACUGGAAUUAGCGGACGAAGUGUAA